AUGGCGGCAACUGCGCAGCCAGACCCCCUGACAGCCAUUCGCACCUUCUUUGCCGAGAAACCCGCCGAGGUCCAGCAGAAACUGGAUGUCUGGACAGCAAAGCAGCCGGCGUGGGUGGAGGGCGUGGUGGCGGGCAUCAAGGGCAGUGGCCAGGGCCUGUUCCUGGGCCUGAUCAUGGGCACGAUGGGCAAGAUGAACAUGGAGGCAGCAGCCUCAAGCGGCGCGCCCAUGGCGCCUCAGAUGCUCAACAUGGGCGGCCCCGUCACCCAGGCCCGCAACUUUGCGGUGAUGACGGGCGUGAACGCGGGGGUGCAGGCGAUGAUGAAGCGCUGGCGCGGCGGACGCGAGGACGUGCAGAACCAGCUCGUAGGCGAGUCGCUGCUGCUGCUGCGGGGCCACGGACGUGGCUUCUUCAGCGGCGCCAGCUUCUCGCUGGUUUCCGGCGGCAUCUCCAACCCAGCGGCCGUGCCCGGCGCGGCCGCGCCAAACCCGCUCAUGGCGGCCUUCUCCGCGGGCGUCGUGUUUGCGCUGUUUCAGGGCGCCUUCUUCAAGCUGGGAGAGAUCUGGUCUGGUCCCAAGGCGGCCGACACAGAGUACGCCCGCGUCAAGGCCAUGCUCACCUCGCUGAACCUGCCGCAAUACGAGAAGAAUGUGAGGAAGGGCAUGCUGAACGACACCACCAUAGGCCUCUGGGACAAUGCGGCGCUGCAGGAGGUGCGCAUCCCGGCGGGGCCGCGGCUGCUCAUCCUGGCGCACAUCGAUCAGUACCGCCACAUCCUGCGGCCCGCCAUGCCCAUCCCCAAGGCGCUGCCUCAAGACUACUGA